AUGGUGACGCAUCUUAAUAUUACUUUAGAAUUCCAUGUAUCAGAUGAAGAUUUGCUGCAAUUCGUGAAUUAUUUAAGAGAGGAAGACUCGAAUAAAGCCAGGCCAGAUCAAAUCGAGCUUGAUUUUCAAGGACAUACCACAACCAGAGAUGAACAAGAUCAAGCAAAAAAUCGACUUUUCAAGUAUGUCGAUCCAGCAUUACUGAAGAAAGAGACAUAUAAAAAUUUUAUUGCACUUAGUGAUAAUUUUAAUCGCCAAACUGGAAUCUCUGAAAUUGAGACAAAUGAGGCAAUAUUUAUUUGUUUACAUCUAUUAAACAUCAUCGAGAAAGCAGAAAUCGAUAGGUUUUUGCAAUCGCUUUUCACUACGAAACUAUGGGAAGAUUUAUAUGAAUUUUUGCACUCAAAAGGUCAUCCAUUCGCCACUGACCGUAAGACGCUCUUCAGAUGGGUCAAACAGCUUUGGUUUGGAUUUUAUUCUCGUUCUAGAGGCCUUGCCGAUACAUCAGGAUUUGAACAUGUCUUCAUGGGUGAGAUAAAAAAUGAUGAAGUAAGUGGAAUGCAUUCAUGGCUUCGCUUUUACUUAUUGGAACGAAACGCUUCUGAAAAUUUCGAUUACAAAGGAUUCCUUAUCAAAAGAUUUGAAGUUAUGGCAGCUGUCAAAUUUUCUUGGUGGGAACAGAUAAAAAGGUCAGGCAGUUUUAUGAUUGGUACGAGUCCGGAGUUCGACCUCGCCGUUUUUACUUUAUGUUUUUUGUCUAGGAGGAGUCGCAGGACAUGCGAUAUCGAAAUUGAUGGUUGUCCUGUAUUAAUAACGAGUUUUGACCUUCCACAACGAGGAAAAAUCUUCAUUGGAUCGAUUUAUCCGGUUGCUGGGCGUAUUACAGAAUCAUGUAGGCAAUAUCACGGCUGA